AUUUUAAAACCCCCCUAUUUCUCUCUCUCCUUUGCUCUCAGACUGUCGAACGUUCCUGAUGAGGCAACCCCCAAGGGAAGAGCGCUGUAUCCUCUGGCCUGGCCCCAUCAGGACCGUCUGAUGAGGCUUCCCGUCGCCGCCGCCGCGGUGACGAUUGUCGCAGUGUUGAUGGCCCUCUUCUCCGCCGCCGCGGAUGGGCUGGGCUCCGCCGCCACCGUCACCAUCAGCCACGGCACGGGCACCGUCUGCGGGGUCCUCGCCGGGGCCUCGCCGCGGAGCAUCCUGUGCGCCCGUGGAACGCAGCCGGUCUUCUCCAUACCGCCGAACGUCUCCUUCGACUCCGUCUCCGGCGGCCGGGACUUCCUCUGCGGGCUCAGGUCCGGCGGCACCGCCUUCUUCUGCUGGAACGCCAGCAACGCCUCCUCCACCGAUCUCCCCCCGAAGCGCGUCUACAACGGACCCGCCGUGUUGACGAACCUCACCGUCGGGGAGGACCAGAUCGCCGCCAUCGACCGGAACGGCCCAGGGAUUCGGUGGUGGCGUGGGGACGACAGCUUCCCCCGCUUCCUCGUCCGCGGUUCCUACCACUCGCUCACCUCGGGGCGCGUCUUCUCCUGCGCCAUUGACACGAAUCACACCGUCCGGUGUUGGGGACGGCGCGGCGAAGAGAUCCAAAGCGACUUCAAGAACGCAUCGAUGGUGAGCAUCGUCGCAGGGGACUCCCACGUCUGCGGUCUAAGCACCACGGGCUUCUUAGUCUGCAAGGGAAGCAACGAUUAUGGGCAAUUGAACGCGCCCUCCGGCCCGGCAUUCGAGUUCUCCAGCCUCGCUCUGGGAGAGAGCCAGUCGUGCGCCGUUCGCCAAGCCAACGGAACGGUGGUCUGCUGGGGUGGCGGCGGCGAGAGUGGGACCUAUGCUCCGAUGAACACGACUUCGUUCCAGUUCGUCGUGGCCGGCGGCAAUCUUACCUGCGGCCUCACCUCGAUUAACUUUUCGGUGGUAUGCUGGGGGACGAACCGGAGUAAUCCGGCGGUGACCGUUAUUCCAUUGCCGAUUCUUCCAGGGAUUUGUACUGCUGAUCAGAACUCUUGUACAUGUAACAUCGUUCCGGAUUCGGCGAGACUCUGCUCUGGUUCUGGAGUUAUUUGCAGUCCCUGUCUAUCGCCAGCGUCUCCACCGCCGCUUCCUUCGCCGUCGGCACCACCUCCGCCAUUAACGUCAAGAAAGACAAGCAAGAGGUGGCUGGCUUUCGGUAUUGUGGGGUCAGUUGGGGCCUUCGCCGGAGUCUGUACGAUAAUCUACUGCUUGUGGACAGGGGUGUGCAGGAACAAGAAGGUCCACAAUUCUGUCCGGCCUAACAUCACUGCCGGCGAGCAUGGAGGCGCCAAUUCGGGGGUCACUUCGGGUGCCGGAGCUGGAGGAUCGAUUCUUCCGAGCCCUUUCACCUCCCCUCCGGGGUCCAGGUCCCGAAUAUUCCGACGGCAGGGGUCGCGGGUCAUGCGGCGGCAGAGGAGCGGGCCGUCGUCGUUCAAGGACAGAGCAGAGGAGUUCACCUUCACCCAGCUCGCUGCCGCCACUAAAAAUUUCUCCUUGGAGACCAAAAUCGGUGCCGGGAGCUUCGGCACCGUGUAUAAAGGCAAGCUUCCCGACGGGCGGGAGGUGGCGAUCAAAAGAAGCGAGUCCGGUCCCAGGACCAAGAAGUUCCAAGAGAAAGAGAGCGCCUUUCAGUCGGAACUGGCCUUCCUCUCGCGACUCCACCACAAACACCUGGUGGGCCUGGUUGGCUACUGCGAGGAGGAGGAGGAGAGGCUCCUGGUGUACGAGUACAUGAAGAACGGAGCUCUCUACGACCACCUCCACUCCAAGGAUAACACUUCCACCGUCCUCAACUCCUGGAAGAUGAGGAUAAAGGUGCUAUUGGACGCGGCGAGGGGCAUCGAAUACCUCCACAACUACGCCGUACCGCCGAUCAUCCACAGAGACAUCAAAUCGUCGAACAUCCUUCUCGAUGGGAACUGGGUGGCGAGGGUGUCGGACUUCGGGCUGUCGCUGAUGGAGCCGGAGUCGGACAGCGGGCACCUCUCGAUGAGGGCGGCGGGGACGGUGGGGUACAUGGACCCGGAGUACUACGGGCUCCACCAUUUGACGGUGAAGAGCGACGUCUACGGCCUCGGGGUGGUGAUGCUGGAAGUCUUGACGGGGAAAAGAGCGAUCUUUAAGGAUAAGGAGGAGGGGAAUCCGACGAGCGUGGUGGACUACGCGGUGCCGAGCAUCGGGGCCGGGGAUUUGGGGCGGGUGCUGGACACGCGGGUGGGACCACCGGGGCCGCAUGAGGCGGAGGCGGUGGAGCUGGUGGCGUACACGGCGGUGCACUGCGUGAGCCUCGAGGGGCGGGAGCGGCCCUUCAUGGCCGACAUCGUCGCCAACCUGGAGAGCGCCCUCGCGCUUUGCGAGGAUAGCCGUGGCAGCAUCUCCAGCAACAGCAUAUCCCUCGCCUCCGUCGAUUGAUUUUUUUUUUUUCCCCGUCGAGGAGAGACAGAAAGAAAAGAAUUCUUUUCUUAACACUUUCCUCCAUUUCUCCAAAUAUUUCCAUUUUGAUACCUUAUUUUUGAUGCUUGUAAAUGAAAUUCUUAUGAAAUCGUGCGGUUGGAUUGGUGGGUGAAA